UACUGUUUCUUUGAUUCUUUCCCUAGAAUAUAUUUUUUGUCUUUGUUUCCUUGGUACUUUGGUUUGAUUUUUUUUGAAGAGUUUUGAUACAAUUUUCCCAGCUGGAAGAUAAUGACAAGAAAGAAAAUUCCGAUCCAGAAGAUUGACAACACUGCCGCGAGGCAGGUGACUUUCUCAAAGAGGAGAAGAGGCCUUUUCAAGAAAGCUCAAGAACUCUCCACUCUUUGCGAUGCUGAAAUAGCUCUUCUAGUCUUUUCAACCACUGGAAAGCUGUUUGAAUACUCCAGCACAAGUAUCGGGCAGGUGAUUGAAAGGCGCAAUCUGCAGUCAGAAAAGGUUGGCAGAUUGGACCACAUUCCAUAUCCUGAGCUGCAGCUUGAGAGUAGCACAUAUGCCGUGUUGAGCAAGGAAAUAGCUGAAAAGACCCAAGAACUUAGACAGCUGAGGGGGGAGGACCUCCAAGGGUUAGACUUAGAAGAAUUAAAACACCUAGAGAAAUUACUCGAAGGAGGCCUGAGCCGAGUUACGAAAACAAAGGAUGAGCGAUUUUUCAGAGAAAUCAGCACCCUCAAGAGGAAGGGAGCUGAAUUGAUGGAAGCAAACCAGCAAUUGAAACAGCAAAUGGAGUAUUUUCCUCAUGAGGUCCAAGCAGUUGUAGCUCAGCAAGGCCAACCAUCAGAGUUAACUACCAAUAUCCGGAGCUCCACAGAUUCUUCUAAAGGCUAUAAUAGCUCUGACAUUUCCCUUAGGUUGGGGUAA